AUGCAGCACAGGCGCAGCCUCGUGCUCUGCGCCCUCAUGCUCCUCACCGGCUUCCUGGUGGUCUGCCUGGGGGCCUUCCUUAUCUCCUCAGGCUGCUUGUUCAACUGCCGGGGGAAGCUGAUCCUGGCCUAUCUGCUUCUGCCUCUGGGCUUUGGGGUGCUGCUGGGCGGAAUUUUCUGGAGCGUCUACCGCCAGACAAGCAAAAGCACACGGGUGCUCAGACAACACCUUGCUCAGGGGCACCUUGCUCUGGCCACGGUGGACAGGCCAGAUUUCUACCCUCCAGCCUAUGAAGAGAGCCUCCAUGUGGACAAGCGGGCCUGUCGCACCAGGGGAGCUGCCUCCGAGAUCCCCCCGCCGCUGUACAUCGAGGUGGGCCUGGACGUCAGCGGUGAAAUCCAGACCCAGCCAGAGGCCCCUCCACCCUACAAAGAGUCUGUAACAGACACGGAGGCUGCGGCCACAUUCCCGCGUGCUGAGGGGCACAGUCGGGGAUGCUGA